AAGCACAGGACUCAGGGCUGGGUGGGAGGGGCUGUCCCUGAGGCCCUGGGCCCCCCUAGCCAAGUCCUGGCAGGGGGAUUCUCUUCUUCAGGAUCCCAUGACCUGGGGCUCUGGGGGAGCUCCAGCCCCGAGAGUGACCUGUGGCUUUGCUGGGAAAAGGGGCUUGGAGAGUGCAGGGCAGUGUCCAGGGUCGCGGUCCCAAAUCCCAGGCCUACAGGGGAGCUGCCUGGGAUUGCCAUUAAGGCUGUAGCCUGGGGUCUCAGGGCAGCCCCAGGAACCAAAAAAUAGCCUGUAACUUGUCACUUUGUAAGUCCUGCCCUCCAGACACACUUCCCUUUCUUCUCCCCAAGCCUCUCUUCCCAGUCAGCUCCCCUGACUUGGAGUCACCCCUAAGCCUUGGCCCAGGCCCCUCUGCAGUGAGAUGGAGGGACCCUAACCCAGGAGAGUGGCAUCUGCAGGCCCUCUGGCUGCCUGUGGUCACCCCCCAGGGUCCGGCAGGGCUGCCUCCCAUUUUCCUCAGCCUGUCCCUGCCAGUUGCCGGGUUCUCACCCUCCAUUUUCUAGGAAAAGAAAGUGGGGAGAGACAGGAACAGGGUCAGGAGCAGCCCAGCAGCAGCGCUGAGGUGGAGCAACAUGUCGGACGCCUUGGCCAAUGCCGUGUGCCAGCGUUGCCAGGCCCGCUUCGCCCCCGCUGAGCGCAUCGUCAACAGCAACGGGGAGCUGUACCAUGAGCACUGCUUCGUGUGUGCCCAGUGCUUCCGGCCCUUCCCCGAGGGGCUCUUCUAUGAGUUUGAAGGCCGGAAGUACUGUGAACACGACUUCCAAAUGCUGUUUGCUCCGUGCUGCGGAUCCUGCGGCGAGUUCAUCAUUGGCCGCGUCAUCAAGGCCAUGAACAAUAACUGGCACCCGGGCUGCUUCCGCUGUGAGCUGUGUGAUGUGGAGCUGGCUGAUCUGGGCUUCGUGAAGAAUGCCGGCAGGCAUCUCUGCCGGCCUUGCCACAACCGUGAGAAGGCCAAGGGCCUGGGCAAGUACAUCUGCCAGCGGUGCCACCUGGUCAUCGACGAGCAGCCCCUCAUGUUCAGGAGCGACGCCUACCACCCUGACCACUUCAACUGCACCCACUGUGGGAAGGAGCUGACGGCUGAGGCCCGUGAGCUGAAGGGCGAGCUCUACUGCCUGCCCUGCCAUGACAAGAUGGGCGUCCCCAUCUGCGGUGCCUGCCGCCGGCCCAUUGAGGGCCGAGUGGUCAACGCGCUGGGCAAGCAGUGGCACGUGGAGCACUUUGUCUGCGCCAAGUGUGAGAAGCCAUUUCUGGGGCACCGGCACUAUGAGAAGAAGGGCCUGGCCUACUGUGAGACUCACUACAACCAGCUCUUCGGGGACGUCUGCUACAACUGCAGCCAUGUGAUCGAAGGCGAUGUGGUGUCGGCCCUCAACAAGGCCUGGUGUGUGGGCUGCUUCUCCUGCUCCACCUGCAACAGCAAGCUCACCCUGAAGAACAAGUUUGUGGAGUUCGACAUGAAGCCCGUGUGUAAGAGGUGCUACGAGAAGUUCCCGCUGGAGCUGAAGAAGCGGCUGAAGAAGCUGUCAGAGCUGACCUCCCGCAAGGCCCAGCCCAAGGCCGCGGACCUCAACUCUGCCUGAAGGCCCUCUCGCGCGGCCGCCGCUCGGCACCUCCGCCUUCUCCCCUCCCGCCGUCCGUGCUCGGCCCCCUCAGCCCCGUCCACCUGCGCCCUCCGCACCUCACCCUCCCCUUCUCAUUCCUCCUUGCCUCCUCCCUUCCUGUUCGCUCCUCUCUGCCUUCCCCAGGCCUCUCCUCUCCUUGGCUGUGGCUUCUCUCUGUGAGGAGGCAGGAGCUAGGGAGUGGGAGCCUGUGACCCCACGUCUGACAGCCACGUCCGCCUGUGCCCACCGACCUCCAGGGACGGGCAAAUUGCACCACAGUUCCCCGCCUGGCCCUCCCCAGGUGGCUCGUGCUGUCCUGUGACAGCCCCUGCCCCAGAGCAGCCCCACUAAGUGCAUGGGGCUCCUGGGCCACCCACAGCCAGGGCAGCCUGCUGGAGCCACAGGGCCAGGGCUAUGCAGACGGAGGCCUCUAGGAGCCACCUGCAAUCCCUCACCACUCAUUCAACCAGCGGCACAGUGUCCCUGUGCCCACACUGAGCCAGCAAGUCCUGCUGUCCACACCCACAAGCUCCCUGGAGGGACAGAACCCACCUCCAUCCCUCGGAAGUCCUUCCUGGAAUCCCACCUUGGCCACCCCCCUACCGACCUUGGGGCUCGUGUUGAGCCUUUGGCUUGGGCCAGGGCCCAGGAGGUGGUGGGGUCAGAGGUGGCUUGUUACCCCCUCCAGGGAGGACGCUUCCUCUGCGGCCAGCGCAGACCCGGUGCUGGGCUCACGCUUGCACAAUGAAGGCUUGUUCACACGACCACA